AUGGCGACCUCGCUCCGGCGGUCCGGGAAUCGGCCCUUCCGAACGUACGGGGCUGCUGGUGGCUGGGGGCCGCGGCAGCGGCCGGGGCGGGCAGCCGCGCAGUGGUUCCCACCGCAAGACCGGAAGCGUUUCUUCAGCAGCAGCAGCAGCAGCGACGGCAGCGGCCGCGGCCACUCGCAGUCUGUCGCUUCCGAUGAUCCUGACGAUCCCGACUUCCCCGGCAGCCCAGUCGGUCAACAGCAGAGGCGCCCCGGCGGCCGAAUCUCCAAGGACCGGCAGAGCCUGAUCGUGACCCCAAUUCGCCUGAGGCUGCGAGCUCGGCCCCCUCAAAAGUGCAGUACCCCCUGCGGCCCGCUUCAGCCGCCGUUCUUCCCCAACAGCAAGUCGGGCCGCCUCAGUCCGGACCUCAGUGUGUGCAACCAGUCCAAAGACCGCGACGAGCUGGGCACCAGUGCCUCCCUAUUCAGCGCUCCGGCCACUCCUCGCAGCUCCGGACCUGGGUUCCCAGCGCCUGGGGACAGUGUCAUCUGUGCCGGACCCUCCCCCACUCUAGAUGCAGCCUCUGAAGUUCCGAGAGGCUUCGACUUUCCGCCAGUGGACUUGGACCGAGCUUCUGGAGAAGGCAAGUUCACCAGUGCUGCCUACCAAACCCGUGCCACCCGCAGGUCAGCUCUUUUCAGUCUGAUGAACUCAGGAAAUCCUGAAGAUUCUGAGUUUAGGGGAGAUGGGAAGAAUAUGAGGGAUUCCUGCUGUAAAAGAAAACUGGUGGGAGACAGGCUGGAGGGCCCGGGUUUGUCAAGUACAGGUAAGAGAAGGGCCACAGACCAGGACUCUUGUCAAGAGAAUGGGUCUCAACGGACUGUCCAGAUAGAAUACGAGGAGGCCAAUGGUUGCAAGGGCUGUAUAAUACCUGGGAAAAUCAACAGGACUGAAAGGACUAGGCCACGCCGGAAAAUCAACAGGCCUGAAAGAACUGGGCCAUGUCGGAAGAUAAAACAUGAGGAGGCAAUGGGAACCUCCCCCCUCCAUCACCACCAGUUUAAAAAGAGCCAAAAGGUGGAAAAAGAUUCAUCCCUCUCCCUAGACCUGAGUCAUUUACAGGAUGCCUGUUCUUGGACUAAAACCAGGCUGUCCCUCAAUUUCCACAAGAAGAAGACUGUGACUGCUGCGUCAGAGAUAUGCAGCGGCUAUGACCAUGCCAAUUCUCCCUCUGGGUCCUUUAUAUCAGAAUAUUCAAACCUUCCUGUCAUGAACAGAACAAAUAGUGCUCUGUCCUCUUGGCACUCCUCUUCCUUAUUUUUGCUAAGCCCCUUAUUAAGGACUCUACAUAUUGCAGAUAAAAAGGCAUCUGAUGCUGAAAAGGUUUAUGGGGAAUGCAGUCAGAAAGGUCCUGUUCCCUUUAGCGACUGCCUUUCUAGAGAAAAACUGGAAUGCUGUGAGAAGAUUGGGGAAGGGGUGUUUGGUGAAGUGUUCCAGACAGUUGCUAAUCACAAGCCUGUAGCCCUAAAAAUCAUUGCUAUUGAAGGACCGGAUUUAGUCAAUGGAGCCCAUCAAAAGACCUUUGAGGAAAUCCUGCCAGAGAUCAUCAUCUCCAAAGAGUUGAGCCUCUUGUCUGAUGAGGCAUGCAACCGUACAGAAGGCUUUAUUGGGCUGAACUCGGUGCACUGUGUCCAAGGGUCUUACCCUUCCUUGCUCCUCAGAGCCUGGGAUUGCUAUAACUCAACCAGAGGAUCUGCAAAUGACCGGCCCGACUUUUUUGAAAAAGACCAGCUCUUCAUUGUGCUCGAAUUUGAGUUUGGAGGGACUGACUUAGAGCGAAUGAAAACAAGGUUGCCCUCUAUCGCUGCUGGAAAGAGCAUUCUACACCAGAUCACUGCAUCCCUCGCAGUAGCAGAGGCAUCACUGCGCUUUGAGCACCGAGACUUACACUGGGGGAACAUACUCUUAAAGAAAACCAACCUCAAAGAGCUCCACUACACCCUCAAUGGGAAGACAAGCACUAUCCCCACCCAUGGGCUACAUGUCAGCAUCAUCGACUAUACCCUGUCACGCUUGGAGCGGGAUGGGAUUGUGGUUUUCUGUGACAUUUCCAUGGAUGAGGACCUCUUCACAGGUAAAGGUGACUACCAGUUUGAGAUCUACAGGCUAAUGAGGAAGGAGAACAACAACUGCUGGGGUGAAUACCACCCUUAUAAUAAUGUGCUGUGGCUGCAUUACCUCACAGAUAAGAUUCUGACACAAGUGGUCUUCAAGAAAAAACCUAACACUUCUGCCAUGAAGCAAAUAAAGAAAAAGAUCCAGCAUUUCCAUAAGACAAUGCUGAACUUCCGUUCUGCCACUGAGCUGCUCUGCCAACACAGUUUAUUUAAGUAAGUGAAAUGUGCCUUACUGCCCCAAACUAAGAAGGCACUGAUCUUGAAGCCCCUGAUGCUGUUCUCAGUCUCUAUCCCCAGAAUAGGAGCAGGAUGGAAUUUCCAUUCUUACAUGUUCUCAAUCAGCUUUUCAAACAAGAAUUUUGUUUCCAAGUGGUACUGCCAAAACGUUUAAGUUUGCUGUUAACAAAUGUUCUUAAAAAAUAAAGGAGACAUGAGAACAAGUAUUUACAACUGAUAAGUCCUCUUUCUAGCUGUCAGCAGAGGCCAUCUGUAAAUUCCUUUCCUUAAUUUCAUUUUUGAGCCUUGACACUUUAUAUAGCCUGGGCAAAAAAAAUCAG